AUGGAGUUGAAGUGGACAGACGAAAAACGAAAAGCUCCGUAUGGCGACGAUCUUUGCCGAGCUAUCUUUCCUAUAUAUUAUCUUGGUAAAUUGUGUGGUUUAGUGCCAGUAAGAUUUUACGUACACGCUUCUGAAGGAUGUCAGGCUCGUUUAAAUAUCGUAGACCUUGUGUACAGUUUGUGUGUGCUGAUAUUACUUCUCGGCUCCGAAAUUUGGGGCUUGUGGCGAGAUCUGAAAGAUGGCUGGGAGCAUAGUACCAGACUGAAAUCUCGAACAGCGGUAAUCGCGACGUGUAGCGACGUGCUUGGGGUAAUGGGCUUAACGGUUGUUUGUAUUGUUGGCUCUCCUUUCCGAUGGAAAUACCUGCAACUAGUCAUGAACAAAUUAAUCGAGGUAGAUGGAAAGAUCGGUGUAACAUCUCCAAAGAGAGCUCGAAGAUUCACGAUUUGUUUAACGAUAUGCAGCCUCACUUAUCUUUGGUUCAACUCGAUUAUAGACUUCUACACAUGGAAUCGUAAAACAGAGAACAAAAUGAUAACUGACAAAGGUCCUAUUAACUAUGCACCUUUGUACUUGAUGUACACUGUAAUCAUUUCCACGGAAAUCCAGUAUACUGUGGCAACGUAUAACGUGGGACGAAGAUUCGUCCGCUUGAACGAUAAUCUGAAAAGUCUGUUAGAUGCAAGUAACAGCAGCAACGAUAAUGCAAUCGGUUAUUUUCGGAAAUUUUCUGAAACAGCAGCUGGAGACAAGAAAAGAUGCAACAUCACAUCGAAAAGGCAACUCGUAUUGGGCAGUUACAGAUUGUCGCGGAAAAUGGAUUGUAAACUUGAAAGCAAAUCCUGCAAUGGUAUAUCUGAUCUCAUAAUGGUUCACUCUUUGCUUUGCGAUGCAGUCUCUCUCAUAAACACUACAUUCGGUGUUGUACUAUUGGCCGUUACUGUAACCUGUCUGUUACAUUUAGUUAUCACGCCGUAUUUCCUAAUCUUACAAGUUACUAAAGCGAGUGAAAAACACGAAUGGAUAUUUCUAUUUGUACAAGCUGGAUGGUGUAUCAUUCACAUAACCAGAAUGCUAAUAAUCGUUCAACCUAGCUAUUCCACAGUGGCGGAGGGGAAAAGAACGGCAACUCUCGUUAGUCAGUUACUUUCCUGCAGUUUUGAUGCAGACACCCGACGAGAAUUGGAAAUAUUUUCGCUUCAAUUGUUGCAUCGACCUCUCGAGUUCUCGGCAUGCGGACUCUUUUCGUUGGACAGAAACUUGAUAACGUCGAUUGCGGGAGCCGUAACAACGAACCUCGUUAUUCUGGUACAAUACUGAGCAAGAGAGGAAGAAAAGUUCAAAGUGACAGAGAGACAAUCGCAUGUUACGAUAAUGACAUUUAAUAUACCAAUUCUCGUGAA